AAAAUAAUGUAUGCAGUCAUCGCGACGGCUGCAGCAGCAUAGCACGUCACACGAGCAACACAUCGCCUUGUGCGCCAGGUCGGCAGGCGGCGCGGUGGCUGCUAGAGCGCUAGCUACAUCGGCCCUGUACGUUCGUACGCUGAUCGAUCGGACGAAGUGUUGAUGAAUGCUGCGGCACGUGAAUCGGGACGGCAGUCCGAGUGGAGUAGUGCCCCCGAGUACGCCGCCACGACUUUCGUGUGGGCUUCUGGCUGCCGGAGAAAGCAGUGCAAGUGGUCGAGUAGCUGAUCUGGAGGCACCGGCACUGGAGCAGCAGAAUUGACUAUUUCAGCAAAUUUACAGAUCUAGAUCAAGAUGGUAUUGUCAGCUCCAGUAAUGCGUUUCGGCCACAGUGAAGGGCAAACUGACGUGUGCUAUGACGAUACAGGCAAGAAUAUCCUAACGUGUGGGAGUGACGGAGAUGUCCGUGUCUGGAAGGGAUUAGAUGACGACGAUCCACAGAGCAUCGAUGUCGGAGAAUCUGCUUCUACUUUGGCCCUUAAUAAAGGAGUACUUUACAGUGCAUCUGAUUCAAACACAGUUCAAGCCUACACCUUUCCAGAGGGGCAAUCAGACGGUAUUAUUGCACGGUUUACGGCUCCAGUCUCUCACAUCUCCCUUUCUCAAGAUGGACGCUUCCUUGUUGCUGGUGCUUGUGAUUUCAAUAUCAAGGUGGUUGAUCUCGGAGAUUCAAGUCAGAAGGUAUUAGAGGGACAUACAGCUCCUAUACUAAGUGUCGCUGCUGAUCCACAACAUCAAUAUGUGGCCUCAUCAAGUUGUGAUGGAACUUUGAAAAUAUGGAAUAUAGAAUCACAGAGUUGGGAGAAGUCCUCCGUUCUCAUUCCAAAGUGCAGUGAUGUCAGUUUGUCCAAAACACUUUGUCGUAUGGAUUGGGAGCCUACUAGUGGAAAGUAUUUAGCUGUCCCUUUGGAGAAGAAGAUUGAGGUUUAUGAAAGGUCUUCAUGGGAUGUCGCAUUUACUUUGGAACCUGAAGAUGCAGGUGGAUAUGUGUCGGUUGUGUCAUGGUCCACCUGUGGACAGUACCUUGCCUCAGCUAACACUGAUGGUACGAUGUGUUUCUGGGACAUCAAGACAAAGAAAUGUGUUGAAAGGUCAAGACACAAGAAGGGGCUUGCAGUAUGCGGUCUGGCUUGGAACCCAAAGGUCAAAUAUGAAUUGGCUUUCACUGAUGUUAUGGGAAUGGUUGGAGUCUUUGAAGACAUAAACUUUUCACAAGGCAGACCAAGCAAUAAGGAAUCAGAGAUGGAUGACUUAGUAGCUGAUCUCUUUGAUGAUGCGGCUGAUGAAGAUCUGUUGGAGGCUGUCGACCAGGCACAAGCAGCCAAUGGCGACAUUUCUAAAGAUGAACUAGAUGCCUUGGUUGACGAGGAUGAUGAGGAUGAUAAGGUCCAUGAAGAGAUUAGACGAGCAAAGCAAAGGUUGGCUAUGCUCACGGGUGAUGCACCAUCUUUAGAUGGUGCUUCGACGGUCGGAGAUGCAGAGAGUGUCUCGGGUAUGACUGACAUAGCACCACCACCAGUUCUCAGCGCCCCCGUCCCUGCUCAAAUCACUCCGAUGCAGAAACCAUUCAUUCCAGCAUCCACACCUGUCCACCUUUCAAGUCGAUUCAUGAAAUGGAAUUCUGUUGGAAUCGUCCGUUGCUAUGACACCGAUGAUGAAAGCUCUAUUGACGUAGAGUUCCAUGAUACGGCUGUCCAUCACUCUCUCCACUUCGACAACCAAAAUAACUACACCAUGGCUGAUCUUUCCACUGAAGCUGUCCUGCUUGCUUCUGAGAGCAAUUUAGAAAAUCCAAGUCUGUUGAUGUGUCACCACUUUGUUUCAUGGGAUAACCAGAAAGAAUGGUCAACAUCAUUGCCAAAAGGAGAAAAUGUCAAGGUUUUAGGACUUGGAGAAGGAUGGGUGGGUGUCGGAACCGAUAAGCGUCUGGUGAGGUUGUAUAGUACCAGUGGUAAUCAACAUGGCGUCUUCUCUGUACCGGGACCUAUUAUCUCUAUGGCUGGAUAUGGAAAGAAGUUAUUGGUUGCUUAUCAUGCAGGAGUCGGUGUUCCUGGUGAUCAGUGCAUCGGAGUAAAGCUGUUGACUGUGUUUAAAAAGACUCCUGAUCUAGAGUUUGAUGGGCGGUUACCGAUGAGUCCCAAGACUAUUUUAUCAUGGAUUGGUUUCACCGCUGAAGGGACUGCAGCCACGGCUGAUUCAGGAGGGGUUGUUCAACUCUUUAAUCGUAAGCUGAUCUCGUGGACCCCGGUAGCACACACCAAAAAUCAUACGAAGGGUCAUUCUGACAGCUAUUGGAUUGUGGGAGUUCAUGAGAAACAGCAGCAGAUCCGAUGUAUUUCAUGUAAAGGAACUCCGUUUCCUCCAACUCUACCUCGUCCAACGGUGUCUAUCCUCCCGCUUCAGCUUCCACUCUGUGAGCUGAAUACAGAGAAAGGUCAAAUGGAGGAAGCUUACUGGAGACUGAAUUUGUUGAGCCAGGAUCUUGACGAUGAAAGGAUCAAAGCUAAGAUGGAGAGAGAACAACAAGAUAAUAUCAUGAAGUUAUUCGCUCUUGCAUGCCGUUCCGAGAGAGAGUUUCGCGCUUAUGAAGUUUGUGGCUUGAUGACGUCACAUCAAAGUGUCAGCUUGGCUAUCAAGUAUGCCAGUAGAUCACGCCGUAUGGCUUUAGCACAAAAACUCAGCGAGAUGGCCAGCCGAUUGAUGGAUGAGGAAGAAGAAGAGGAAGAGGAAGAGGAAGAAGAAUUCAUUCAACAUACCAGAGUUCAUCCAAGAAAUCAGGUGAGAUCUGGUCACCAGUCUAAUGAGAUGAAUGGUGAUGGGAGUGAUGAAGAAACAGAGAUCAGAGAAGACGAGGAAGAAAUGGAAAAUGUCCCCACAUUGAAUCUUAAUUCCAAACAUGAUAAAAUUCCAUCUCUGCUGCCUUCAAGUCAAGGAAGGAGGAAUCCUUUCAAGAAGAACCAGGACAGAUCAGGAUCUAAUCCUAGAGGGACCAACGUCUUUGAUGAAAUGAAGAAGAAGUCACCCGACACGAAGAGUCAAUUUAAGCCAGGAAAGAUGUCACAGAAGGUCGCAGCAAGCAAUGGGGAUUCAACGAAAGCAAGAACUCAGGCAACGUUGUUUACUUCCAAGGCAAAACAACCAUCAGAUACAGCAGGCACUGCAUCUAAAAACAAAAAGAAGCCAUCAGCUUUCAAUUUCUGGCUGUCCAAAAAUCGUGACUUGUUAGAAGAGGAAAAUCCUGAACUGAGUGCGAGCGAGAUCAUCAAAUUGGCAAUGCAGAAAUGGAAAGACAUGUCAAGUGAUGAAAAGAAGGAAAUGGAAGAAAAGGCAGCAGAAUCGGUCACAAAACAAAAUGACCAUGCAGACAUGCAACCUGAGAAGAAGCAGUCGGAAAAGAAGAGAAAGCGGACCGGUGACGAAGCAGAGAAAGGAGAAGAGAAGAGAAUCAAGCCUGGGAGACCUGAGAAAGAUUUGAAGAAACUGACUGGAGCUACCAAUGCGAAGCUGGCUGCUUUUGCAUUCAGUAAAUGAUGCGUUCAACAAAAUAUACUCAACUGAUGCCAAUCUAGCUUUUUUGCAUCCAAUAAGCAAUGCAAUCAAUAGCAGAUGCAUUCAAAGAAACACCCCCAAACUGAUGCCAAUCUAGCUUCUUUUGCGAUCAGUAAGCGAUGCAUUUAAAGAAACACCCCUGAUGUCAUUAUAGCUUCUUUUGCAGUCAGUAAGUGAUGCAUUCAAAGAAAUACACUCUAACUUAUGUCAAUUUAGCUUCUUUUGCAAUCAAUAAGCGAUGCAUUCAAAUAAAACCCGAACUGAUGCCAAUCUAGCUUCUUUUGCAAUCAAUAAGUGAUGCAUUCAACGAAACACCCCUAACUGAUGUCUAUCUAGUUUCUUUUGCAAUCAAUAAGUGAUGCAUUCAAAGAAACACCCCUAACUGAUGCCAAUCUAGUUUCUUUUGCAUUCAAUUAGUGAUGCAUUCAAGGAAACACCCCUAACUGAUGUCUAUCUAGUUUCUUUUGCAAUCAAUGAGCAAUGCAUUCAGAGAAACACACUCUAACUGAUGUCAAUUUAGCUUCUUUUGCAAUCAAUAAGUGAUGCGUUCAAAGAAACACCCAUAACUAAUGCCAAUCAAACUUCUUUUGCAAUAAAUAUGUGAUGCAUUCUAAGAAACACCCCUAACUGAUGCCAAUUAAUCUAACUUCUUUUACAUACAAUAAGCAAUGCAUUCAAAGCAGCACCCCCAAACAAGUCAAUUUAGCUUCUUUUAUGAUCAACAUGUGAUGCAUGUAAAAAAAAAAAAAAAACACCCCUUACUAUGACCAAUCUAGCUUCUUCUGCAUUCAAAGAAAUGCCAUCAUUUGAUAGUCACAUUUCAACUUAGUCACACAGAUGUCCAAGAGAUUUGACAUAGGCAAAGUCUCCUGUAUUUAAAUUGUCUUAAGAGGUGUUGCAAUAAACUUGUAAAUGAUUGUGAGUCUAUUUUAGGUCCUAAAAUCGAUUUAAAUUCAUACAUUUCAUUGCAAAUUUGCAACUGAUUGAUGGCCUGCUCCUUGUAUCAACAAAAAUAGAGUGUGAUUGUUUUCGUUGCAAUUUAUCUAUUUUUUUGUAAAUUUACAUCUGAAAUUUGCUAUUGAUUGCAAAUAUUUUCUUGCAACACCCCCCGUAGACAUGGAUAGAUAAGCACAUUAUUUCAUACGCUCAUCAGGGCUCCUUUUCUCAACAUCUUUAUGGCCCAUUGAUAAUAAUGAUAAUAAUAACAGAAUAUUUACCCAGGGUAGCCACUUUAGUUCUGAAAACUGUUCUUCCAGCGGGCACCGUUUUAUUGCCAUUGUAAAUCAGAAGCCGAUUCUCCUCAAUGUGUGGAAACUUUAAUAUGGAUAUGUAUCGAUUCAUAGACAUCACCUUUUCCCCAGGAUAUCACAUUUGUUCAUCAGUUAAAUAAUUUCAUUGUUGGGUGAAAUUAUAUUUAUUUUCAUCAUGUAUUGAUUAAUAGAAAUCAGAUUUUCCCCUCGGCUAUCGCGUUUGUUCAUCAGUUGUAUGACAAUUAGAUUGUUAGGAGAAAUUAUAUUUAUGUCCAUUGUGUAACCUGUCUUUGUAACUUUAUAUAAUGCAAGUUUAAUGGCUCUCCCAUUUCUGAUGUUAUAUAAUAAAUACAUAAUUAGAA